AUGUCUACGGCGCAUAGUAUAUCUCAAUCGCUAAGGCGAGGUCUGGCCUCGUGCAGAUGCCGCUCUCCAGUCCUCUCAUUUAGGUCGUCACCGGCAUCCGGCGCAUCCAUCUCAUAUCAACACAAUGCCAGCAUAUACCCUACCUCGUCCCCGGGAUUCCGAUGGCUGAGUUAUUCUUCCCAGCUGGGUAGCAAUGGAAGCGCAAGAAGCAAGGGUAGUCAGGCGGAAGAGCAGCUAGCUUGCGGGCAAACAAAGGGUGAACUUCAGGUGGGAGAGAUGGAAGGCGUUACAUUCAAAGUCGAGCCAUUGAAGAGAAAGGGGGAGGAUAACAGCACAAAGAGAGCCAGGUUGCUAUACCAGAGCCGCAAACGAGGAACUUUAGAGUCGGACCUGCUUUUGUCAACGUUCGCAUCUACAUAUCUGGCAAAGAUGACGGGAAGUCAACUAGAUGAAUACGACCGGUUCCUGGAUGAAAACGACUGGGACAUCUACUACUGGGCGACUCAGGAACCACCGUCUGAGUCCGAGGCAGCUGAGAGCGUGUUGAAGGCCAAGGACGAGCUGACGGAUACGUGGAAGAGCGGCGCAGCGAAGAGCGGAGAGUGGGCGCAGACCGUGGGAGCUUUCAAGCCAGCAUACCGGCCCGUCCCUCAGCGCUGGGCUGACUCGGAGAUUCUCGCUCUGCUACGACAGCACGUCCAGAGCAAGAAGGCUGGAGAUGGCAGCAGCAAUGGAAGCGGCGGUGGCCUGGGACGCAUGCCCAACAUCGAGCCCUUCAAGUCGUAG